AUGCACAAAGUGAUGAGCCAACGUGUGCAUUCCCGCACAGUCAAGACCCGCGAUAUAGACCCGCAUAGAGCGUGCACAGCCGAGGAGCGUGCAGAGGAGAACGCACACCGCCAUAGAGCGUGCACAGCCGAGGAGCGUGCAGAGGAGAACGCACACCGCCAUAGAGCGUGCACAGCCGAGGAGCGUGCAGAGGAGAACGCACACCGCCAUAGAGCGUGCACAGCCGAGGAGCGUGCAGAGGAGAACGCACACCGCCAUAGAGCGUGCACAGCCGAGGAGCGUGCAGAGGAGAACGCACACCGCCAUAGAGAGUGCACCGCCAUAGAGCGUGCACCGCCAUAG